CGGCUUUAGUACUUCCAUGAACGUACACCGCACUGAAAAUGACUGUCACUCCCGCGAUCAUUAUUCUCUCCAUAUUUUGCGUUGGGAUGGAGGGAGGCUUCAACGGCAUCAUUUUCUUAUUCUUCAAGCGGACCACAAACACCUAUACCAAAAGGGAAGGAAGGAAUCAAAAAGCUGACUGGCCAUGCCCAAGCGUCUCUCAGCAGCGUCAUCAAGGGCAGUGUCACGAAAGAAUGCUGCUACUACUAGCAGUAUCAAGAGUAGUGCUAAGAGCAGCCCCAGGAAGCAACUGCUAGCAACUACGAGAUUGCUUUGGUUGGUGGCGGGAAUUUCCAUUGGGUCUUUUACGACACGAUUACUGGACCAAGCCAAUUUGUUAACGUCUCCACAACCACAACAGCCACAGCAGCCACAACAGCCUGCCAUUGACAUCGACAUUGCCAUUGACACGGCCCACGCCAAGGCAGUCACUACCACUACAACCACCACUACCACCACACAACUACACUCGGACACUACCCGAACCUUACAGAAGAAGCAACCGUUAGUGUCAUUGCCAAGUCCCGGUCGACCCCAAUUCCACGAACUACAAGACCAAAUCAGCAAACGCAUUCAUCUUUUGGAACACAACCAGCAAGCCAACAACAAGUUUCAAUUUGGAAAUUCCGCCUACAAUCGGGCCACUGUGGUCAGCAAGGCACAAAAAUGGUUGCCCUUUAAUACUCCCUUGGGAGUUAGUGCAGGCGGCCACCGCAAAGUCUGUCGCGACACGUGCUGUGUCCAAACCGUGGCCAUUUCUCUCCAACAAGACGCCCAACAACUCAUUCACUGUCGCGAUGGAUUCGAUCUCGCCGAUGCCAUGAUUGUCCACGCUAGUACCGGAAUGCGACGGGCUCCCUAUCUACACUUUCACGCUUCCUAUUUGCGACCCGAAAUAAUUCCCUGUUUGGUGCCGGGGACCAUCAUUCAACUCGAUAAUCACGUGGCAUCCAUCAUUUGGUUUUGGAAACACGUUCGACCGCACAUAAACGUGCCCUACGUUCUCGUCACAGCCGGCAGCGAUGGCGAUACCCCCCAAAUCAAACCACAAUUUAUGCAAGAUCCGCUCCUCUUGAAAUGGUACGGGAACAAUCCUAAUGUGGAACCGCAUCGGGCCAAUCCCGCAUUUAUGGAAGCCUUCCAUAAGUUUCAUCCCAUGCAUUUGGGACUUUCCGGAUUCAAUCAUCCCCAACAAGAACAACACAUUUUGCCCUAUCUGCAACUGGUCAAUUUUACCAAUCCCUUUCUCAACCAAAACAAUAAAGAGCGCUGGGAUUUGGCAGCACAUCCCUUUCAAGACUUUGAUCAGGAAGUCUUUGUGCAUUUUGGCAUGACAUCGCCGCGGCGCAAAACCUUGUGGGAGAAUCUGUGUGGAAACAGCAACAAUAAGCAAGGUGUAUCGUGCAACCAAAACACGGCCAAUUUGAAUGUUCGCACGAUUUAUUCCGACAUGUCCCGCUACCGGUUUGGACUCAGUCCUCCAGGACAAGGGUGGGAUUGUUAUAGAACCUACGAAAUGCUCUUGUUGGGAGUCAUUCCCAUUGUGGACGAUCGGGGGCCCGUCAAUCGACAGAUGUUUGACGGACUUCCUGUUGUGUUUAUAAACAAACUGGCAGAACGAGCCGAAACACUCACCCAACAAGAUAUUGCGGCGGCCAUUCGAUUUUACAUUUCCAGCGACGAAUUCCAAAAGGCCGACUUUUCCAAGGGCUGGGAACGACUCUUUUUGCAAUACAAUCGACAACAGUUGUUGAAGGAUACGGGUCGUGACAAGGAAAUUCUGACCGACGAGCAAGGGAACAUGUACUACCAAGCCUAUCAAUACACGAUUCGGAAGGGGUCCGAGGAGCAACCACCCUCCGAGUUUUUCUGUUUCGAGGAAAAUAGUUGUUUGUCGCCAGAGGAGCGACAAGAAAUCCCCGCGUAUAUUCGACAAAAUCAGGACGAUUGGUAUCAAAAGCCAGUGGCGCCACUGGAGGGAGACGACCAACGUUUCCUGGAUCAAUGGCAGGAACUCAGCAAGGGACGUCUGGACCAACCAGUUCCGGGUCAAAUUUCGAGGGCUGCGGCGGAGCAAGCUUGUGCCCAUUGGAACGCGCAAGAAAAACCCAUGUGCGUCUCCGACGUCAUGGCAUCGGGUGACCUCGAUAUGGCCAAAGCUGGUGGAUAUUAGCCAUGGGUGGAUAUGCAAGUAGUAAUGUAGUCACUAGCUAGCUAGACGACUUCUCCUGGGUACCGGUAUAUUAUAUAUUAUAUUGCUAGAGUUUCAGGCUCCGCAGAAGACGUAGAUGUGCGCCAUGUUGCAGUUUAUUAAGCUGUGGUCUAUCUCUUUCGACCCUUUUCGUCGUCUGCAACGUCUACGUAGAAACUGACUGGCAGGGCUCCCUGCUAAAAGUGUUAGGUUGUGCUGCAGUGUAUCCUUCAGGAGUGCUGGUGUGAUUGUCGCCGACUCUUGCACUUGUCAGCCUUG